AUGGAGAUACAAGACAAGUUAGAGGAGAUAGCGUCCAGUUUCGACUGGACUGGGUCGGACGACGAGUCGAGCCUGCUUGAACGGCGCGACAUUGAGUAUUUGAACAGGGAGUACUUCCGACGUCGCGACGACUCGGUCCCUGUUGAGUCUGAGUCUGAUUCGGACUGGGUAGACGACGACCGCGACGAGUCGCUGGAUGAGACGAUUGUUGAGUCUGACGACGAGGACAAGACGGUGAUUCAGGACGCCGAGCCGCCCGCGUUCUUGAAGUCCAGAACGAUUGUCUAUCUGAUCAAGACGGUUCCGGCAAUAAUUGUGUUUUUGGUUCUUGUUGUGAUUGCGAAACUUGCCUCAAACACCAGUUUUUACGACACAGACGCCGACUUUGGGCUUCUCCAUCACAAGGUGCGCGGCUUGGAGAAGAAGCUUGGGGACAUAAAUGACAAAUUGGCCGAGAUAUCUGCUGGUGUCGAGUCAAAGGAUCACAAGUUGGUGGAGGUUUUGGGGCACGAGGUGCGCCAGUUGAAGAGCCGUCAAACAGGUGUGGAGGAGGACUUGAAGAAGUCGGUGGAGGGCAUUGUGGUGGCGUAUUUCCAGGACUCUCUGGACGCGAAACUGGAGGGUCUGGCUGAAAAAAAGCUCCAAGACCUCCAAUCGGUCAUUGAGACGCGGCUUGACCACCUGGGAGUCGACCAGAUCAAGGAAAAGACCUCGUCAGAGGUGUUGGACAAGGUUAAUGUGCAUAUCUCGUCGAUCAACUCGCAAUUGGACGCUCUGCAGUCGACCGGCUACUCUCGCCAGGAACUGGACGUGGCGGUGCCGCAGUUGGUGCAACACGAGCUGAAUCAGCGGCUGGAGCCACGCAUUGUGGGGACGGCGAACUUUGCAAGCUACGACCGCGGCGCGCGCGUGGUGAAGAAGUACACGACGCUGCCGAAACUGCAACGGGUGCGUACCAAAGCACUGGACAGGGUGCUGCACGGCUGGCUCGACUUCAUCAAGCGCAACGUGCAGGGCCACAAGCGUGCGCUGACGGGACUCAACAACGUGGAGCUCACGAGCCAGGAAAACUCGCCGUCCAACGCGUUGGUGGACAACUCGCAGUUCUGGCAGGCUUUGGUGCGAGACCUGCCAAUAACCUACGGAGUGCGGCUAAGUGAGCCGAUCUACUUGCGACAGGCGGGGAUUUACCACCCACAAACGGCAACGACUCUCGAAUGUGCGCCAAAACGGGUGUCUCUGCUGGUGGAGGCGGCCAAUUCUCGCGACACAAAGCUGCUCAAGUCGAAAAUGGCAGCACACUACAACCAAGACCUCGUUUUCUCCAACCUCCGCGGCCUGGCCAAAGUAAGCGAGUUCGUCUAUCAGACAGGCUCCCGCAAUAGAUACCAGACGUUCCCGCUUCCGCGCCAGGUGCUUGCUGUGCUGGAAGAGUAUCCUAUCAAAAGCGUCGCACUGGUUGUUGAGGACAACUGGGGCCAUCCGGACGUGCUGGCGCUGUACGGACUGAAAGUGUUUGGAAUUACGGAAACAGAAAUGAAAACCACCCGUCUGGCGCCCGUGGCAGACGAAAUCCGCAAUCUCGGAGAAGACGCUAUUUUUUAG